UUUUCAGUUCGUUUCGCUAGAAUCACAAUUUUGUACCGGCCCAUUUCGUCUCCAUAAAAUGGCUCUCCCUUCCCGAUUUGCUGUUCAGUUUAGAUGUAGCAAUGGUGUUUUAAGAAAUACAGCAAUUCGUAGAGUGUUUAGCUCGCAAUCGGGGAGCUCUGGGGGCCGAAGCCGGUCCUUCGCUGGAAAUGCUGCACCAUUUUUGCUCGGCGCUUCCGCGGCUGUAGCCGGACUUUACGCCGCUAAAAGCCUGUAUGAACGAAGAAGAGAAUUACCAGUUAUUCAAACAGUACACGCUGCGGCUAGGAGUUUGAAUAAAGGUGAGCGGACCUUCAUCAUGGUCAAGCCUGAUGGGGUGCAGAGAGGACUAGUGGGAGAGAUCAUCAAGAGAUUUGAGCAGAAAGGAUUCAAACUUGUUGCCCUCAAGAUGGUUCAGGAGAGUGAAGAGCACCUCAAGAAGCACUAUGCUGACCUUGCGCAUCUACCUUUUUACCCAGGACUGGUGAAAUUCAUGUCCUCUGGGCCAGUUGUUGCCAUGGUGUGGGAGGGGGCAGGCGUGGUAAAGACUGGACGAGUGAUGCUUGGUGAGACAAACCCUGCUGACUCGAAACCAGGAACAAUCAGAGGGGAUUUCUGUGUUCAUAUUGGAAGAACCCUCUCUUUAAAUUACAAAAUGUCGAACAACGAGCGCACUUUUCUCAUGAUCAAGCCUGAUGCCGUUAGCCGUGGUCUCAUCGGUGAAAUAAUCUCUAGAUUCGAGAAGAAAGGAUUCAAGCUUGUCGCUAUGAAAUUCGUCAAAAAAUCCGAGGAUCAUUUCCGUAAGCAUUACGAGAGCUUAGCAAAGCUGAAGUUUUACGACGGACUUUGCAAGUAUAUGAGUCAGACGCCCGUCUGUGCUAUGGUGUGGGAGGGGCUUGGAGUUGUUAAGACUGCCCGUGUCAUGCUCGGAGAGACAGACCCAGCAAAAUCUCUACCAGGUACCAUCCGUGGAGAUUUCUCAAUCCACAUUGGCAGAAAUAUUAUCCAUGGCAGUGAUGCUGUAGAGACGGCCAAAGAAGAAAUUGCUCUUUGGUUCAAAGAUGAUGAGCUGGUGGACUGGACACCAUGUAACAACCCUUGGAUGUACGAAUAAACAUUUUAUCUCAGCUGUAAUAACUUGAAUUAGAUUUGAAUAAAAUGUAUUUAAAAGUA